CUCUUGAGUGAUUAGUACGCGGUGGUUACCCGAUCGGUGAACCCGGGACCGAAUGUCCGUGACGUUGAACCCUCCGCGACUUGUUGCGAACAGAAUUGCUUGCGUAAGUUUGGCAGAAAAGUUGCAAACCGUUCCAUCAAGUUGUACGCUUCCGAAGAGAUUUCAUCGUAAAUUUGCAUCUAAGCUGGUGUUAGUUUAGAUAUGUUAAUGUUGCAUUAAGUUCGUUGGUGUUGGUUUAUGUUUGUUUGAGGUUGAUACGCAGUGCCGGACUUUUUCUAUUUUUGUGCGGAGGGUGAACCAACGGUCCGUUUGCAAGAAAAGGCGCCGAUUUAAUAAUUAAUAAAAAAUAAACAGAUGAAGCUAUUGACGCGCGGUUUGAACCGGUUUGUAGCUACAUUCUUGUAAUAUAACCAUAAAAUUCAAGGCUGUCCUACAAAUCCAGCGAUUCUAAGCUCAAAAAUUGAUGUAGUACUUAAGUUCGCACGUUUCUUCGAGCAGUUCGGAUAACAGAGGAUCGCCGUACCAGUUCAAAUCACAUUGCACAAUCUCCAAGCGAUUUUUUCGCAAUAUCCUUGAACUGAAAAAUUGGGUAAACAGAAGAUUGCACUCGAGAGAAAAACACGGGAUUCCAAGAGCGCGGACAUUGUGAAACAAUUGUCCCCACUACUGGACUCGAACCGCCAAGUUCACGGCUGCUACAUCACGUGUAGCUCAGCCUGUAGAACCCUGGCACGACACAGGGAUCGACGGCGAAGCAAAAUAAACGACAGUAACAGUCGUGUUUAGUGAAAGAGAAUCCCCGGGGAUCGCCGGAUGAUUCAGAGUCCACGAGACUGUUGACCUUGUCAGGUCGGUUUAUCAAGAUCGAGGUCGCGGAUACAGCGGAAAAAUCGAUAGUCGUUAAAGGCUCAAAGGACUGGCAAGUUGCGAGCCCACUGUGCCGACUUCUGACCGCUAUAGCCAGACGAUAUCGACGGACGUCUCAGACCCCCAUUUGUUUUGCAACACCCUGGUCGGCCGGCUAUCGGCGUCUACGUCAAUCGGCUUUUUUCUAACAUUUUUGUCGAUACUUGUUGCGCGCAUCGAGAGUCAAAUAACAAACCGAGGGAUUGGUCCGCUGAAAUGGGAGUCUCAUCGUCGUACCGACGAGAUCGUGACGAAGAUGACAGGGUCACUGAAAAUGGUGUUGCGAUGUUCGAUUGAGGCCUGAUGGCUUCCAAGGCCUGGUAGAACCAGAGACUACGAUCAGUUGUCAAGGUGUGAUCCCAGAGAGUGUGUGCUUACAAAGAGGUCCCAAGUUCCAGCGUCCGACAAAAUUAGAUCAGCCAAGAUGUUCCUGAACCAGACGAUGAUGAUGUUAGCGUACACGGCCAACGCGAUAGCCACUUUGCCGAAGAACACCAGCACCCAGAUCGAGGACGUCAAGGUGCAGAACCUGACCACCAGCACUCUGUCGCCGGAAGAGGUGGAAAACCAAUUCGACUUGGAGGACAAUUGGUACAUGUGGAGGUGCUUCGAGCCUUUCGGUUGCUUCUACAUCGGCCCUCCAUGGUCUGGCGACAACCGACCGGUGUCCACAUUCCCAGCCAGACCGGACAGCAUCAACCCCCGUUACUUGUUCCACACUCGGGACAAUGGCGUGCAGUCUCACGAGCUCAAGAUCGACAAGCAUGAGACGAUACUGAACGCUCCCAUACGAAGGGACCAGAACUUCUACUUCAUUAUUCACGGAUUCCUGGAUAACGGCGAUAAGUCAUGGGUCCUGAGGACGAUGAAGGAGCUUCACUUGAGAGAGGAUUGCAACGUGAUGAUCGUGAACUGGAUCGGCGGAGCAGGUCCUCCCUACACACAGGCUGUUGCCAACACCAGGAUAGUUGGUGCAAUGACAGCGCGAUUAGCGUCUCAACUGGUUCAGAUUGGGGGAGUGGACCCUGCAAGGAUGCACUGCAUUGGGCACAGUCUUGGUGCACAUACCUGCGGAUACGUUGGAUACAGCAUGAAGCACGAUUAUGACAUUGUUCUCGGUAGAAUCACUGGCCUCGAUCCGGCGGAGCCGCAUUUCAGCAACACGUCGACUAUGGUGCGGCUCGACCCAACGGACGCCACAUUCGUCACGGCCAUCCAUACCGAUUGCAGUCCGUUUAUCAGCGGCGGCCUCGGGAUCACCCAACCCGUCGCGCAUAUCGAUUUCUAUCCGAACGGCGGCCGCAAUCAGCCAGGCUGCAACGCGGGUGUUCUCAAUUCCAUCACCUUGGAACGUGGGAGCUUCUUUCGUGGAAUAAAGAGAUUCCUAGGCUGCAACCACAUCCGCAGCUACGAGUACUUCAUAGAAAGCAUCAACACAGCUUGUCCAUUCCUGGCAGUCCCUUGCUCCUCCUGGGAGAGGUUCCAGGAAGGUGGCUGCUUCGAUUGCGUCAACCAAUACUGUCCCAGGUUCGGAUUGGACGCUGAACCAGGAAACUAUCACGCCGCCGUUUACCUGAUGACGGGGAGAGACAAGCCGUUUUGCAAGGGCCAUUACAAGGUCACCAUCAACAUCUCCAACACGCUCGAGAGCAUGGACCACGGUGGAGAGGUCGGCACGUUCGUGAUCCGGGUCUUCGGCGAAAACGGGAACACGGAGAAGAUGCAGCUGAGUCCCUACUCGAAGUAUUACGAGCCGGGCACCACUCACACGGUGGUGCUAGCAGGCGAUGUGGUCGGCAAGCCGGAAUCGGUCGAGAUAACCUGGAAGUAUCAGACCUCCGUGUUCAAUCCGCUCACGUGGCGGCUUCUGCACACCCCGCGCGUCUACAUCGACUCGUUGGCAGUCGAUAGUUUGGAGUCCUCUCACAGUAUCACGGUGUGUCCCGGCGUCAACAAUACUCUGAUGGCGAACGAGCCGAGGAUCUUAACGAUGGAGCACUGCCGCGACGAUGACACCAACGUCUUGGUCUCGGAAACUGUGCAGCUAGGCUCGGACUGCAAGAAUUCCAUCAGCAGUUGCGCCAAGUAGAACGCUGCGUUGGACACUGCUCCGUGUAACUAACGAACGAAUGAAUUUGUUUUUGAUAAGGUGUGCGAGGCUACAAGAGACGCCACUUUACGACAAUGCUGCGAACCAUUUGCGGAAUAAACAAAAGAGACAGUCAACGAAAUAAUUUCACGACUGAAAGCAACGAGAACCAAACUAAGUUUGUACACUAUAGCUUGUAAGUUAUACGAUUAUUAUAGUUAACAAUUAUUAAUGUGGACUUUGUGCAUUUACGACAGAAAUGAAUAGGCGAAAUUCGGAACAACGAAAACAUUUAAACUA